GCGGCGGCGGAGGACCUAUCGGCGACUCGGCAACCUGUAACAGAACUCUUGCUGAGGUAGCUAUGGCAGCCGAAAGGAGAGUGGUAACAGUGGGUGGGAAGGGCUAUUCACUGACGUCCUCUUCGCUAUUUGAAGUGGCUAAUGGCCUAGCUCGUUUUAACAUUGAAUCAUCAGCUCUUUCAAGGAUCUCAUCCUCUUCCAAUUCGAAAUCCGUUACGACCACCAAGUUUGCAUUAUCAGUUCCUAACUAUUUGAGCGCCGAAGAGGCUAGGGCUUCACUACUUCUGCUCCUAAAUAAGCUUCUGCUUUCUUUGUCUCCGGCAGCAUUUCAGUUGCAGCAUAUACUCAAGGAAACGUCCCUUAGUCCUAAUUAUACAAUUGACAAUGUGCCCAUUGAUGACGUGGCUCUCUUGGAUUAUUCAAUGGCUGCUAUUGAUGGCAUUUCUGCGAUUCUUGAUCACCGGUCUUCUGCCUUGUCGGCUGUUGCUGAUGCAGUGGCUGCCCUUUCCUGUGAGGCCCUGAGAGCUGACACGUCUUGUUUCAAUUUGAUUGACUCUGGUGAUGGUUCUUCUUCCAAGGAUGAUGUGGCUGUUGCAUCUGACUUGAAGGUGUUUCUCAAUGGGUCUAAAUUGGUUAACUCAAGCAAGAAUCCUGUGGAUCCUGCUGUGGCCAAGAUUACCAGCGCCCAUGGUAGUUUCAGGGAAAGUGUUCGAUGGCUCCAUUCCAGAUCUCGAGUUCAGUUAAAUUCAGGUUCCAGAGCUUGCCCUUCUGGCACUGCAGAUGCCAUGUCCCCUGUUCUGUUAUCAUUGGCUGGGGCUCUCUGGAAUUUGGGGGCUCUCAGUUUUCAACGAGCCAAGCUAGUUGGCAACUCAAUAUCUGGUGGUGAAUUGAGUUCUUGUAUGGUGAAAAUGCUGGAUGCCAACUGUCCACGUGUUGAUUCUCUGGAAAAGUUGUACAUGUCUGCGCAAGUUGCUCUUUCCAAGAAGGAUUAUGUAUUGUUUUUGCACGAAAUUUAUGGCUUAUCAGACUUGUUGAGAAAGAUUGUCUCUUGGGAGGCCACAGCUGCAUUCAUUUCACUUGAGGGAAGUGACCUGGUCAAGAAAAGCCAAGUCAACAAUGGGGCCGAGAGGGUGCCUUCAAGUGAAAAUAAUACAAAAACAGAUAAGAAAGGUGAAAAGAAAAGGAAAAUAGUUCUCGGAAAAGGAACUACUGCUCUCAUGCAAUUCAUUAAGAGCAGGUUGCUGAGUGAAGCAUCUGAACCAGACUCGGUUAAUGCUUCAGUGGUACUGGAGAAAUGCUCCCAAAAUUUCCUCUCAAUAUUGGAUCCCAGAGACCUGGGAUUUGACUGUCUUUUAAAGAAAGUGAAAGAGAUAAUAGAAAGCAAUGAAAGUCGAAGACUUCCAAAGCUCCCAAAGGUAUCAUAUUUUAGCAGCUUUUUUCACUUACCUUUUGGUUUUUACUGCUAAUGGGUUAGUAAAGAGGAACCAGCAGUGUCUAUAAAUACUCUGUCUGGCAGACUCAUCAAGUGCACCUGACAGAAGCUUGAAAUGCCCAAUAACAGAAUAAGAAAUCCUCAAUAUGGAGAAAGAAACAAAAUUCAAACUAUUCAUAUCCAUAAAACAGCUCAUUCAAUUUCAAAAAUGAUUUCCCUCGAAGAAUAAAAACCUUGCUGUAGAGUUUAAUGUAGGAUUUUACCAAACUUCAUGAAUAGGGAGUCUUAUUCUUGAAAUAUCCUAAAAUUUCUUGUUAAGGUAAAUACACCAAGUAAUGUUCAAGCUGAGAAGCACAAUGAUGCAUAAAGAUUUCCUAGAGCUCAAGAACUGAGUGAAUUGCAGGGAAUUAAGUAAUAAUUAAAAUGCAAAAUUUUGAGAACUUCUUUGUGGAAAUCCUGCACACCAAUUUUCCAUACGGUUCUUCUAACAAUAAGUCACACUAUGAACAUAGAAUGUAUAAGCAUAGGGACUAUCCUUGUCAGACCAAACUUUGUUUGGUGAUUUUGACCAAACUUAAGCUGUGACUUUGCUACUAGGCUCAAUAUUUUGGCAUUGCAUCUUCAUUCCC